AUUUCUGCUGGUUAUAUCUUCUUUACAGUAUUAGAUUAAUAUAACGCUUUUACUGUUGGGUUGUGUGAAAAGAUCUUAGACGAUCGGUUAUUGUUUCGAUUAUCCUUCAAAAUUCCCUUGACUACUCACUGUUUUAUUGCUGGUUAUUCAAGUCCACCGCCUCCUGAUUAUUCUCGCGAGUUUUAUCUUCUGAGACCCCUCCUAAUAGAUUUUGCUGGCUACACCUAUUGCUUACUGUUGGCUCAUCUAUUGUUUAUUGCUGAUUCACCUAUCGCUUACUAUUAUUGAUAUCACUAUAUCAAGUACUGCUUUAGUCACAUAACUGAAAACUUCACAUUGGCUUUUGGUUCCCCGAAAAUCUCUCACAUUUUCCGUUACUGCUAAAGCCAUCUUCGGAUUCCAUAUUACGACUUAUUCACGUUGAACAUCUCGUAAUCGUCCCACAAUUUUUGCUACCGUUGAUUCACAAAAUUAUUGCAUCGGGUGCUAUUCCACAGACUAUGAAUAUGCCCAGAUCUGUCACGAUAAAGACACGUGCCCCCAACCCGAGACACUUCGGGUUUGCUUCCCAGACGUUCCGUGUGUCGCUAGACAACACUGUCGCUGAUCUCAAGGAAUUGAUCUGGCAGUGCUCUCCGGGUCACAGCUUGGUACCUGACUCCUUUGUGGUGAAGUACCCACAACUGUCGGAAUCCCCUCUCACUUUAGCCGAGCUCUUGGGCGUUCAGGGUGAGUAUGACGACGAAUACACCGUCCUGAUUACUGUAGACGACUCUCUACUCGUUGCCAAAGACCCAAGACCCUUUAUGUUUGAUAUUACAUUGGAGUACGACGGCGAAGACACCAUCCGGGAGGCGUACACAAGCUCUGUCUACAGCAUCAAGGAGUCGAUUUUGGCGAUUUUGCAGCGCAAAGACGCAAGAUUUACCACGUUGGACGAAUUUACUGUUUCAUACAGAGAUACUGUCUUAGAAGAGGGCACUAUAGACCACGUUGUCGGCCUUGACUUGCCUCCACCAGAAGGUAUCCGCUUGGUGGUGGUCUCGAAGCUUCCACCGCCGCCAUUGCAGCAGCUGUUUGCGCUUCGCGUUUUGUCCACCACUGAGCUAGAGAACAACGUGGUCCAGGUGUGCUUGGAAGACAAGAUUUCAAAGAUUAAAGACUUUAUUCUAGCAGGAUUGCCGGCAAAGUUGCAACGCGACAACACUCCGGUUACCAGAGAACACGUCACGGUGAUCUACAUGGCCCUUGUACGGAGAGAUGAGGAUACGUUGCAAGCAGUUUUGAACACUGACACCCCUCCGGGUUCGCUUAUCUCGUUACACUUUGUCUUAGCACCUGAAUAUGAGUUCUUCAACACGUCUCCGGUUGGCCCUUCCGUUGAAAGUCACCAAGAGCCGUAUUCCGCCGAAAUCCCGUUGGAACCGUUCUCGAUGGUGCUUGACAACGGCGAGAAAGUGAAUCUCAGCGGUAACACGUAUGAAAUGAUCACCACCAGCGACGGGAGGUACUUACUCAACCAGAAAAAAGUCUCGUCGGUUAACUUUGUGGUGACGUGUACAGCCUCUGCUGAGCUCCAGAAAGUCACCUUGUCCUCCUCGCAGUGUUUUGUGGUAAACAACCCGAACCAUCAGCCGUACUUGGCCGUCAGUCCGAGCGGAUUGAGCAAGUUGCACAGUGCCGGAAUUGCGUUGAGUCAGGUCACGGUAAACAUCCAGGGAGCGAACACUGGUGGUGAUUUUAUUGGUUCCCCGACUUUCACCGCGACGCCGUCUCAGCCUGGCGUGAACAUCGAAGGGAGUCCUCUGCCUGCUCCAGUUCCUACGCCGACACAAGCAGCUCCGAAUACAAAUCAUGAUCCAUCUGUUUUUAGGCCGCAGGCUGUUCUGGGUGAAGCUCAGACACCAGGUCGGGUUCAAAUCCAGGCUCAAAUUAACGAAAACAUUCCUGCAAACGACAUUCCCGCUAAUGAAGUUCCUGUCGGCUUCUUCCAGGACCCUAUCCCGCGAGUUCUUCAGGCUUUCCGUGAGAGACGUGAGAAUGGGGUCUGGACCGCAGUGGGAAAGGUUUUGUUUGCGGUGGUGCGUGUGCUUGCGGUGAUGUUCAUCGUGGAGUUGUACUCCGGAUUGUCGAAGGAAUCGCAUGUGGCGUACCUCACGGUAUUUACCGUUGCCGGGAUUGUCAGUUUCACGCGUCACGACUUCUUGGGGUCUCUCGAGUUUCUCAUGCGUGUGGAACCGAACGCGUGGGUCAGGGGAGGCAUCGGAAUCAUCCACGAGAACUGCAACUUUGUGGCGGAAUGCAUGAACGAUGGGUUCGGCACGGUGAUCCGCUCCCUCAUUGAGGCGUUGGCGUACAGACCGGUCCGGGGGAAUAUCAUGCUUGAGGGCGUUGAAGGAUUGCUCAAGGAUCUUGGUGUGUUAAUUAUCAGCUUCGUGCCCUCGUGGUUGGACUUGUUCUUGGCUGAAAUUUCUAAACACCAAGCAGAAGAGGCUCGGGCCAGGCGAGAAGCUGAAUCCAGAGGUCAAGAUGCAGAAGCAGAAGGUAUGAAUCAUGCGGAAGCAGAAGGCAGGAAUCAUGCGGAAGCUGAAGGUAGAAGUCAUGUGGAUAUUGAAAUAUCUGAGUCAGUAGAGGAACUUGAGCCCGUCUCAGAAGAAUUUGGGCCUCUUUUGAAUGCUAACGAAACUGAAACUGAAGGAUUGUCAGCGACCGAUGGAGCUUUGCGCUACGAAAGAGAUCUUGAAGAGUACCUCGAGGAAGAGCCUGUGAAUGUGUCCACUUUGAAGAAUACAGCUACGGGUUACCAAGCGGAGGGCGAAGUGCGCAUUCGUCAAGUGCAAGGCACCGAGGAUCUCGUUGAUUUAAACAGCUAGGUUAUAAAUACUGUGAGAUAACAAGUACGUAAAGAUUGUGAGAUGCCAUUCCGAUGAACGGAUUGAAUUGUGCAGAGAGUUAGCUAACAAAUUAAGUGGCUCGAGCCUUGUUGUUUUUGAGCGGGUGGGCCGUCAAUAAAUGUUAUGUGCAUAAUCUAUACCUUAC